UCAGUAUCGUUCGAAUGUCGGAGCGUUCUAGUCCGCUUCGAUUUACCUCCGUCGAGUGGCGAUGAUGACGUGAUCGCAGCUGUUACAGUUUAAACUGUCUCGAUUUUGCAUUCCUCGGGCAGCUUACCCAAAAAUGACACGCCAGUUAAUUGGGGACAGCGCUAACGUCGGGUUCUAGUGAAUUGCGAGGUUCAAAGACCACUCCUACAAAUUCAUCAGAGAAUCAACAAAGUUCGGCUUAUCAUUGAGAAGGCGAACCGGUUUGCCCAACAGAUAAAGCCCGACUACGCCCGCACUUGAAUAUUACCUAGGUGCUGUAAAAAGUAAACAAAUCAACCAUGGGUCAGAAGCUAUCGUGUUGCAAAAAGUGCGAUUAUUUUGAAUGGUGCGGAACUAAACAAAACGAGGAGCCAAAGUUGCGUAUGCGCAAUAUUAAUGCCAACUUUUUGGCAGGAAGGCCAGAAAAAGAUGAAACAGAUGCCACCAAUUCAGCGGUGCUGGGAGUACAGAGAGUGGAUCCCUGCCUGGAGGACAACCACGAUGAGCACCACACGAGUCAUUUCUACGCGGCGGCUGCCAAGGAAGCCCUGAUUGUGAGGAGAGGAGAACCCUUCAGGCUGAAGAUCCACUUCAACCGGGACUACAGCCCCAGCAAGGAUGCGAUCAGCUUUAUUCUCAGCGUGGCGGACGACACCAAACCGAGUCCUGGCCAUGGAACACUCAACGCCCUGGUGCCCCACGAUGGCAUCGAUUACCUGGGCGACACUCUGGAGUGGGGAGCUGGCAUCGAAUCGCACGAGGGUCAAACCCUCACAGUGCUCAUAAAGCCACCUUCCACUUGUCCCGUGACGGAGUGGAAACUGGACAUCGACACCAAGUUGCUGGGCGAUGGAUCGAGGAGCUACCCCCUGCCGCUGCCCAUCUACGUGCUCUUCAAUCCCUGGUGUCCCGAGGAUCAGGUUUACCUCGAGGACCGCGACCAGCGCAAGGAGUACGUGAUGCACGACACCACGCUCAUCUGGCGGGGAUCCUACAACAGGCUGCGUCCCUCGGUGUGGAAGAUCGGACAGUUCGAGCGCCAUGUGCUCGAGUGCAGCCUGAAGGUCCUGGGAACGGUGGGCAGGAUUCCUCCGGCCUACAGAGGCGAUCCGGUGCGAGUGGCUCGGGCUUUGUCCGCUCUGGUGAACUCGGUGGACGACGAUGGCAUCCUUUUGGGCAACUGGUCGGAGGACUUCUCGGGCGGGGUGGCGCCCACCAAGUGGACGGGUUCCGUAGAGAUCCUGCAGCAGUUCCACAAGACCCAGAAGUCGGUGAAGUUCGCCCAGUGCUGGAACUUCAGUGGUGUUCUGGCCACCAUUGCCAGGAGUCUGGGCAUUCCGUGCAGGGUCAUCACCUGCUACUCCUCCGCUCAUGAUACCCAGGCCUCCCUCACGGUGGACGUCUUCAUCGAUGCGAACAACAAGAAGCUGGACGCCGAGACCACGGACUCGAUUUGGAACUACCACGUGUGGAACGAGCUGUGGAUGCAGCGACCCGACUUGGGCGUGGGUCAGCACGGCACCUUCGACGGCUGGCAGGUGGUGGACGCCACGCCACAGGAGGCCUCGGAUGAUAUGUACCGAGUGGGUCCCACCUCCGUUUCGGCGGUGAAGAACGGCGAAAUCCUGCGACCCUUCGACGGUGGCUUUGUCUUCGCGGAGGUGAACGCGGACAAGCUCUACUGGCGCUACAACGGACCGAGUCAGCCGCUGAAGCUGCUGAGGAAGGACACCCUGGCCAUUGGCCACCUGAUCAGCACGAAGGCGGUGCUCAAGUGGGAGCGACAGGACAUCACCGACAGCUACAAGCACGCCGAGCGCUCCGAGGAGGAAAGGAGCACCAUGCUGAAGGCCCUCAAGCAAUCCCGCCAUGCGUUCAGUAGGUACUACCUGAACGACAGCUUCAAUGACAUCGAGUUCGAUAUGGAGCUGAAGGACGACAUUAAGAUCGGCCAGAACUUCAGCGUGGUGCUGAAGGUGACCAACAAGAACGAGACCCGCGCCCACUUGGCCACCGGUCAGAUCAGCUGCGAUGCGGUUCUCUACACGGGAGUGGGUGCCACGGAGGUGAAGGUCCUCGGAUUCGAGCUGGAGCUGCAGCCCAAGAGCAGCGACUACGUGCGCAUGGAGGUCAUCUUCGAGGAGUACUUCGACAAGCUCUCCUCGCAGGCCGCCUUCCAGAUCUCGGCCGCCGCCAAGGUCAAGGACACCGACUACGAGUACUACGCGCAGGACGACUUUCGGGUCCGCAAGCCGGACAUCAAGUUCCAGCUGGGCGAAGCCGCCAUCGUGGCCCAGAAGGAGAUCGAUGUGAUCCUGCGCCUGGAGAACCCGCUGCCCAUUCCCCUGCACAAGGGCAUCUUCACCGUGGAGGGACCGGGCAUCGAGCAGCCCCUGAAGUUCAAGAUCGCCGAGAUUCCUGUGAAUGGUACUGCGGCAGCGACCUUCAAGUACACCCCGCCCUAUGCGGGGCGUGGCACAAUGCUGGCCAAGUUCACCUCCAGGGAGCUGGACGACGUGGAUGGCUACAAGCACUACGAAAUCGAGCCCCGCCCGGAGGAUCUGCUGCAACCGAAUGGAAGCCACCGGAGAAGCAACAUUAUCCGCAGGCGCACCGAUGUUAUAGCCUAAAAUAACCUCAGUUGAAAUUAAUUUCCUUUCGUAUUUCGUAGCUUAAGCAUUAUGUUGUAAAUAAUAUUAAUAAUACAGAUUAAUUUUUGAUAUUUAAAUUUUAAAAUAAAAGAAUGAUUAUAUUAUAUACAAAUCACCGA